UGUAUUUUUCUAUUUAAUUUUUUUUGGAUCUGAUUAAUCAUCCGUAUAUAAAUGGCAAAUGAAACCCAGCUGGUAGGAUCCAAAAUAAAUUUGGACGCAACCGGAAUUAGCGCUCUUCCCAAAUUGGUUUCUGAAUCUCACUGUUUAACGACCUCUACUGGGGAUCUGACUAACUACUCGUCGGCGAUCGGUCCUGCCAGAAUUGGCACUUACUCAGUCAUUUCUCAUCAGACGUUUGUAUACAUCUUGGAAAAUUUUGGGAUUUGCCGUUAGUUUAUGGGCUUGUAGCGCUUCUAAAUUGUUGAUUCAGAAUCUAAGAUCGAAAAUUCGGCAUCCUUCUGGAGAUACGUGUUUCUUUGCUUUCAUGAUGGGUGUUUGAUGAAUUUGCGCUUCAUGUUCUUUUCAUUAUACGAGUGAGAAGGUGCGGCCACGUGGCAAAAGACAAGCACGUUACUGGCGAAGAAGUGUAAGCUGUUAGUUCAAUGCUUGCGGGAAUAUUGCUGAUAAAUGACAACAAAUACAGAAGCCUUUAUGUUAUGAUAGACGACCGUUUUUGCUGCUAUUGGAAAUCUAGGUUGACCCAAUUUACAGCUUAGUGGUCUUGAAUUUAUUUGCAAUAGCAGUUUCACGAUUUGGACAUGAGAAGCUCCUGGUUUAAUAAAUUGUCCAUCACUGUUGGCCCUAGACCACCGUUGAGCUGGUUGAUGUUGUGCCUGAUCAGUCUGCUUGCACUAAUUGCAGUCUUAGGUUCAUCUUCUUCAAAUAACAUUGAUUCAACACCGCCCACUCGGGCAUCACUCAUUUAUUCAAACUACAGAAGGAUAAAAGAGCAGGCAGCAGUUGAUUAUUUGGAGUUAAGAUCUGUAUCAUUGGGUAUCACUGGGCAAAAAGAACUUGACCUCUGUGGCAAAGAAAGAGAAAAUUUUGUGCCCUGCUACAAUGUUUCAGCUAAUUUGUUAGCGGGGUUUAAGGAAGGUGAGGAGUUUGAUCGGCACUGUGAGGUGUCAAGAGAAGCUGAGAGGUGUCUGAUUCGCCCUCCUAAAGACUAUAAGAUUCCCCUGAGAUGGCCAACUGGCAGGGACGUAAUAUGGAGUGGAAAUGUGAAGCUAACCAAAGACCAAUUUCUUUCGUCUGGAAGUAUGACCAAAAGGUUGAUGCUACUAGAAGAGAAUCAAAUUGCAUUUCACUCAGAGGAUGGAUUGAUCUUUGAUGGUGUGAAAGAUUACUCUCGUCAGCUUGCGGAGAUGAUAGGGUUAGGAAGUGACGCUGAAUUUGCCCAGGCUGGCAUACGUAUUAUACUAGACAUCAAUUGUGGAUUUGGUAGUUUUGGAGCUCAUCUGGCAUCACUAAAAUUAAUGGCGGUUUGUAUUGCGGCAUAUGAAGCAACUGGCAGCCAGGUUCAAUUGGCCCUCGAGAGAGGCCUUCCUGCCAUGAUUGGCAAUUUUAUUUCAAGACAGCUUCCAUAUCCGUCUUUGUCAUAUGACAUGGUUCACUGUGCUCAGUGUGGCAUCGUUUGGGAGGAAAAGGAUGGAAUGUUCUUGUUCGAAGUUGAUCGUGUUCUUAAACCUGGGGGAUAUUUUGUCUUAACCUUGCCCUCAAGCAGGCCACAGGGAGGUUCAUCACGGGUGAAGAAGAAUACCAUCUUGACCCCAAUGGAAGAGCUGACCCAAAAACUCUGUUGGACCCUUCUAGCUCAGCAAGAUGAGACUUUCAUUUGGCAGAAGACUGCAGAUAUUGAUUGUUACUCAUCUCGCAAGCAGCAUGGUAUACCUCUAUGUAAAGAGCAUGAUGAUAGUCAAUCAUAUUAUCAACCUCUUGUGCCAUGUAUAAGUGGGACAUCUAGCAAGCGCUGGAUUCCCAUACAGAACAGAUCCACUGGAUCUGAACUAAGUCUGGUUGAGCUCAAAAUUCAUGGAGUUCAGGCUGAAGACUUCUACGAAGAUUUACAGUACUGGAGAUCCGCUCUUAAGAAUUACUGGUCUUUGCUUACCCCAUUAAUUUUUUCAGACCAUCCAAAGAGACCUGGAGAUGAAGACCCGUUGCCUCCAUUUAACAUGAUACGCAAUGUGAUGGACAUGAAUGCUAAAUAUGGCGGUUUAAACACAGCCCUUCUGGAGGAAAAAAAAUCAGCAUGGGUUAUGAAUGUGGUUCCCGCUAGUGCUUCAAAUGUACUUCCUCUUAUACUUGAUAGAGGUUUUGCUGGCGUUAUUCAUGAUUGGUGUGAACCCUUUCCCACGUAUCCCCGAACAUACGAUUUGCUUCAUGCUAAUGGACUUCUUUCGCAUCUCGCUUCAGAGAGGUGCAGCAUGGUUGACUUAUUCUUGGAGAUGGAUAGAAUACUUCGUCCAGAGGGAUGGGUGAUUCUCUCUGAUAAAAUGGGAGCUAUAGAGAUGGCCCGGAGAUUCACAACACAAGUACGUUGGGAAGCAAGGGUGAUUGACCUACAAAAUGGCAGUGACCAGCGGCUACUUGUUUGCCAGAAACCAUUUGUGAAAAAAUAAUUAACAGUAUGUUCCACCAAAGGGUGAAUGACACAUUUUUUGCUCUGAGAAUGGAUUGUUUAGUUGGCACAGCAUGUAUAUAGUGCUCAGAGACUUGAUGUUUUGCUAUCUUUUCCACGACCAUAUUCAGAAUGAUGAAGCUGUAGAUCGUGAAGGUUCUCGAUGAAGUUAGUAACAGUUCUUUCUUUCUUCUUUUGUUGGGGUCAAAGGCGUUUGUAGUAAUUCAUUCAUCCAAUAUAUUUGUUAGUUUUUUUUUAUUUAAUGAUUUCUUUAUUGAUCACCAUUGGACUUGAAGCCUUUAUUUGAACAAUCUCUAGCUGUGGGGAAAAAAAAAAAAACAAAUGUGAAUGGCUACAGAAUCAGAGAAUCAAGAAUUUAACUCUUUUUACCUCAGUCUGUGCGCUCCGUUUUGGCUGGUUAAGGUUUGCUUUGUAAAAUUUACUGUCAAGGUGUAAGUUUAUUCUGAAAGUUUUUACAUGCUCAUUUUCUGAA